UUCACUGUGGGUGGAGUGGCGGUCGGCUUUGCUUCUUUCCUGCCAGAUCUCCCCAUCACAACUAUAAUUACACAGUCUGCUCCGCCGGGAGUCCUGUGGGCAGCGACUCACCCUGGUCCUAAGACGUUCUCGCAGGGUUUCCCGUGCUGGACCUGUCUGUGCAUAGCACGCCGAGCUCCGAGUUUGCAUUUCUUAGGCACAAGUACAGGAGCUAGAGGAAGGCACCAGCCCGCGCUGUUCUAUCUCCUCCCUUCGCUCUCCUGUGAACAGGCUCUGGGGUGGGGGCUCUCCCAGGGGUGGGGCCAGCGCCAAUCAGGUCGCGCGGUACCUGCCCCCAGCCCUGCCACCUGGAGGGGCCGUGAGGUUCUAGGCUGGCUCGGUGCAGGGCCAGUACUCAGAGCGCCACCCCAGCCCCGGUGCCCGGAAGGACGAGCGCAGACCCCGCGGGAGUUGCCUCAGGCGCGGAGCUGGCUCAGCCUCGGGACUGAUGCCCUUGGCCAUGACGCAGCCCCAGCCACUGUCUGCUCAGGCUCAGCCUGUUUGACGGAGUCAUCGCUGCCCCAGGUGUUUCAGGUCACCGUUCCCUGACUGAACAGUUGGAUGGGGCAUCGGGCGGAUGACAGCGGGAACAGUUGUGAUCACUGGCGGAAUCCUAGCUGCGGUCAUCCUCCUCUCCAUCAUCGCAGUCCUGUGCUACUGUAGGCUCCAGUAUUACUGCUGCAAGAAGAGCGGAGAGGAGGAUGCAGAGGAGGAGGAGGAGGAGCACGACCUGCCCACCCCCUCCAGAGGGCCCCCCUGCAAUGCCUGCAGCGCCCAAGCCCUGGACGGCAGAAGCAGCCUGGCGCCCAUCACCAGUGAGCCCUGCGUCCAGCCGUGUGGGGUGGCAGCCGGCCACUGCGCCACCUGCUCCCCAUACAGCUCCCCCUUUUACAUACGGACAGCGGACAUGGUGCCCAAUGGCGGAAGCGAGAGGUUCUCCUUCACCCCCACAUACUACAAGGAGGGGGGCCUCCCGUCCCUCCAGCUGGCAGCACCCCCGGGUUACCCGGUGACGUGGCCGGGCUCUGCGCGCGAGGCUUUCACUAAUCCAAGGGCUAUCAGUACAGACGUGUAACCCCUCUCACCCCGAACCCCCACACUCACCCACACGCCGCUCCGUCAGGGGCACUGGGCCCGCGGCUGCCUCCCAACACCCCACAGGACUGUCCCCGUUUGCUUGGCUUUUCUGGCCCCGCAGUGGGAGGCUCCCCAGGAUUGAAGCCGUGGGGUGCUUGGAUGGCAGCUGUGCCGGGUUCUCUGUUGGGACGUUCUUCGUUCUGGGGCCAACUCCAGCCCCCGGCCCUCUCCUUCCCCGCCCCGCCCCCGGCUUUGCCAGUCUUGUGAGAGGAAGGAAAGCUGUGCAAAGGUCUGGAGGCCUCCAGCAUCCUUGGGGGGUGAAAGAAGAAGGGGGCCACAGGGCAGGGGCCAGGGCACAGGGAACCCGCAGAAUUUGAGAAGGAAGGGGAUGGCGUUAAAGGGACCGCUUCAGGACUUGCUUGCUAAAACAAAUCCAAAAGCCAGUUCACCAUCUAGUUGUGUCUUUUUGGUUGUCAGAGACUGCAAAGCCUGUAACUGCUCAAAUACAGCUGUUGAGUCCUGACCACAGCACAGCUGUGACUGCACCGGUCCUUGUGGACACGUUGAGUUGGCUUUGAAGGCAUCAGGUUGCUGUGAGGAGUGCACCUAAAAGCGACUGUCUAAGCUUGCCUCCCCCCACAUCCUGGCUUUGCUUCGGGAACCAGCUGCCUCACUGAGCACCUUCUCAAGAGUUGUCACUCGAGUUCGAGUAGCUUAGCCAGUGAGGUCCUGCUGACGGUCUCCGGGGCCGUGGUCCCCCACAGCGAGCGGUGUGUGGGUACAGUCCCGUGGGGCGCGUGCCUUCUCUGGUGUGUGCACACACACCUGUCACCACCAGCACCAGGCUCUGCUGCCUCCAGGAGCCGCAGAGUGGAAGGGUCUCGACGUAGCAACGAGAAGGGAAAACCUGACCCCCAGGCAGCAUGAGCAGAGGGUGCUCAAGGUGACCAGGCCCCACAGCAGCGAGGUGGCUGCUACCGGAGGAGGCCGAGGCGCCUCCCCGGGGGACGCUGCCGCCCUGUAAGCCCCUCUCCUCUGUCAUGCAGCCACGACACAGUAGAGCCAGACCGCUGGUUCCACCAGGGCCAGCGCCUGAGGACCAGAGGGAUCUGACUUAGCAGCUGGGUUCUGCUUGCUGCCCUCCCUCCGCUGCCUGACCCCUCGUCUCCGGCUGAGGGCCUUCUCAUGGCUGUCUCACUCUAGCCGGAGUCCAACUCCCACUUCCCACUUCUAACUCAGCCUUGGCCUCAUACCGUUGGAGUGAAUGCAUCCGAUGAGUUUUCCAGUUGCCUCUGCAAUAAGGAGUGGCUGCACCCCUCUGAAAGGCAUAACCAACUCCCACCCCCUCCAGAGUCACUGAAUGCUGCAGAGGGUGGGGCAGGAAAGGAGCUGGCCCCUCUGCACUGAAGUAUUGAUUCUGUAUUUGAGAAAGGACGGGGUGCAGCCAGGGGAGGGGAGGCGGGGAGAAUUCACCACACCUUUGCAUCACCGUUCAGGCUCGGGUCACCCUGCAUUUCUGUCUGCGAGGCUCACUGGGUUGAGAACCGGAGGACCUCGGCCGAGCCACCCUGUGGUCACUCAUUAGCUCCAGAACCAGUCACUUAUCUUCUCUGAGACCCCGUUUCCUCCAGGGGACUGAGGCUUGCCCAGAUGGACUCCAAGGGCCCUUUGAGGACUGCCUGCCUAGAUCUGCCAGCUAGCCACACUCUCUCGCCCCAGUCCUCACAGGAGCUGGACACACUUGCCAACUGCCUGAUCCUGUGUGCAGGGACAUGUGCUAAGGGGUGAAAAACCACAGUCAGACAUGGGGUUAGCAGGCAAAGCAUUUCGAACUGUAUGUGAAAAACACACAUGAGAGACCUCAGAUGGCACCAUUUCUCUUAUACCAGGAGGCAGCCCUAGGUGGGUGUGAUGAGACCAGAGGGACCAGCUUAGGACAGCAGCUUUAACACCCCCCAUGCCUCCGCCAGCCCUGACCGUGUCAAGUGCACCCCCUUGACAUGAGUAGCUGGGCCUGGCAGCCCUGCCGCAUCCCGACGACCAGCCCAGUGCCUUGCUGCCCUGGAAUUCCAUUGCCAAUCACCCUGAGCAAGGGCUGUCCCUCCCCCCCCACCUCCCCCCCCCCAAAAAAAAAACAGUGUCAUCUUACCUCUUGCCUUCACAAAAAUCAAAACAACCUGGUCAAUGGUCACCCGCCUCUUACCCCUGAUCUAUUAGGGUCCCCAAGUGAGAACCAUCGUGUGCAGUCCUGUCUCCUUAGCUUCCCAGCCUAAAUCCUGUCAACCCACAAAUGAAAAAGUGUUGGGGGCAUUGGAGCGACGGUGGGUGCCAGCUCUCCCACAUGCAGCCCCACGCUGCUUGGGCACAGGCUCAAGAUUGCCCGCCCGCCUCCCUGUAGCCGCCAGGGCCUCCCCUGGCAGGAGGAGGCUCACCCCACUCCACUGCACUGCACUUUUUGUGAUGGGACACUAUCUGGACACUUUCCAAGCUGCACCCUAAACAGGAAGAGGAGAGGCUGGGAGCACCCUGUCCUCCUGCCAUCCUCUCUCCACCACUGCUCCUGCUGCGGGUUUCUUCUCCUGCGUCUUUGAUAACUUGGGAGUCACAACCAAGUGAAUGUCAAUAAAUGAGGAGUUUGAAACAGA